AGCUGAGGCGGAGAGAUGGCCAUGAGGACAGAGAGAGAGAGAGGGAGAGUUUGGAGAGGAGCCGGGGACUGCCCAUGGUGGAUGGGCGGAGCAGUAAGCAUGCGCUGAGCUGGCAGACUCUGGGCUGGUCCUGACGGGCUGGCUGGGCUCCGGGCGGCUGUCUGUGCGCUUCAGACGGUCUUGGGGGAGACUACCACCAACACUCAUCGUCUCCUUGAGUGCUCAGAGAAUUAAAAAAAAUAAAAAAUAGAAAAGAAAAAUAGAAGAUACACGAGGACAACUGCGAGAAAAGAAAGCAAACAGCUCCACCUCGGCAUCUGGAAAAGCACCGAAGAAGAAGGAGACGAUCCUCCCCCUCUACCCCACACCCCGUCGCCAACCCGCCCUAUCUACCCUACCCACCACUCCGUGCCAUCCCUCUGGUCUCAACUGCCCUCCCACCCCGUCAGGAGAACCACGACCACCCAUAGGAAACCCCCACUUGACCAGCGUUGCCAUUAAGCGAUGCGCUUUGAAUUUAGGAAGAAAUCACCUUUGCGUUUUUGAUGCACAACACAAGCAGUGGUCUUCAUUUUUUCCUUUUUCCUCAGCGGGAACAGUUAAAGGUUACGGAUCUGGGUGUUUACACUUUUUGACGGGUUUCCAGUGGCAUGAUAACAUGCAGAAUAUAUCAUCCCGCGGCAACAGACAAAGCUGUCAUCCCAUAGAUUAGUGUUUAUUUGAAACAAGCAGCUGUCACACACGCUGCGUUUGAGCUCAUGUUUGCUUUUUCCCAUGCUUAGAAAGAAUCCCGACAAUGGUCUGGGAACGGACCGCCUCUCCAGACACCUAGAAAUAUUUUUUCAAGACGCAUCAGCUCUGUAUUUCGUGCUUAUCGAAGAAAAAGCGACACAUUGACGAGGAGUCAUUUGACACCGACGCCGCUUGAGCCAUAGGACUUUGCGUGCGAAGUUUGCACCGGGAAGAGGGGGGCCAAGUCGGAGAUAUCUCGGCCAUAUCCACGGCAUUUUCCCUGUAAGGUGGGAGGUCGGCGGGUUGCGGUCAUGCUGUCCCUGGACGAGCCCCUGGAUCUGAAGCUCCCUCGGCGGGCCAAUGGGCGGGACAGAGGCGCACGUUCUCCCCCCCUUUCCCCGCUGCACCCUAAGCGAGCUCGCCAGCUCCGCAUGGCGGAUGAUGGCACCGCAGUCAUAGAGCCCGCCUCGCCAGCAUCUCCGAACACAGGUGUGCAGGUGGUGCCUCAUGAUCGAACAGACACCCCCACCCCCCCUGCUGUGGACUUGAGCAUGUCUCCCUCCUCCCGCCACACCCCCAGCUCUCCAGAAAUGACCAACGGCAACUACGUCCCCUCAGGAAAUUCUCACAUUUCACAGGCCUUUCAGUUUUUCGUGCCAAUUGGAGCUGGGGCGGGACUUCACCUGCCAUCCUCCAUGUUCAUUGGCCAGACAAGCGACAAAAGAGCCUCUCCGGACCUCUCAGCGGAUGAACAACUGGCCUGUCGCUGGAAGAAGUGCCAUCUGCUCUUUGACUCCCUGCAAGACCUGGUGGACCAUGUCAACGACUUCCAUGUCAAGCCUGAGAAGGAUUCUGGGUACUGCUGCCACUGGGAGGGCUGUGCUCGCAAAGGGAGGGGUUUCAAUGCUCGGUACAAGAUGCUCAUCCACAUCCGCACUCACACUAAUGAGAAGCCCCAUCGCUGUCCCACCUGUAACAAGAGCUUCUCACGCCUGGAGAACCUCAAGAUUCACAACCGGUCACACACAGGUGAAAAGCCCUACAUAUGUCCUUACGAGGGUUGCAACAAGCGCUACUCCAACUCCAGCGACCGCUUCAAGCAUACGCGCACACACUAUGUGGACAAGCCCUACUACUGCAAGAUGGUGGGCUGCCUGAAGCGCUACACAGACCCCAGCUCUCUCCGCAAGCACAUCAAGGCCCAUGGCCACUUUGUGGCUCAGGAGCAGGGCUCCCCAGGCGGGGUGGGCUCCCUGCUGAGGGGGAGUCAAAGUGGAGUGCUUGCUGGCGAAGGGGGUAAGGAUUCAGAGCUGUCCUAUGUGAGUGCAGCCCAUAUUAUCAUCCCAGGGGCAGCGGCUGCUCUCCUGGGAGGCCAUGCUCUGCAGGGUCUGGGUGGUGCCCUACCCCUGUCCCCCCUCAGUCCUCGGCCCCUGGACCUCAGCACACUCGGUUGCCCCAGCUCACCUCCAGGCAGCCUGGGAGGCACAAGCAUCCUGUCCUUCAACGGCUCUCCGCUGGGCCUGGCCAAGUCCUCUAUGCUCUCCCCGGCGUUCCCCUCCUCGGCCCUGGGCCUGCCGAUGAUGCCCGUGUUGGGGGCCUCGUCUGAGCACAGGGCCCAGAGCCAACGGGCCAAGAAGGGCCGGGGGGAGGAGGCCGAAAACGAGGUGACUGGGGGGGUCCUGAACCUCUCCACGGGAUCCCAUGAUCCCCUGUCCUGGGUGGUCAUCCCCCCAGGCACCGUGGUGCUCAAGCCAGCUGUGGUCAACUGAUACACACACACAUACACACACAUUCCAGAAGAGCUCAGGGGGUCGGGAUGGGAGGGUGAACGCCAUAGUGAGGGUACGGGCUGUCAAAGGUGAUAGGGAUUGGCUCGCACAAUCAAAUUUAGGUAAUGCAUUUCAAAGAGAUGUUGAGAGAAGAAAACUAUAGAGAAAUGUAAUCAAACCCUCAAUCAGCAAAACAACAGAUAACACUACACCUCACAAGAAAUAAGUAAACAACGCAAGCCUCUUGUAUUGAUGGGAAACUAAACUCGGGGCCCAAGAACUCUGUUCAGGAACAUGUAUGGCUCUGUAUUUCUAUCACAACGCCUGACAAUGGGCUCCUCUCUGCUCUCUUAUUUUGUAUUUUAUACUUUAUUCAUUCCUGUUUCCUGAACGUGACAGUCUUAGUGCUCUGUGUUCUUACGAAAGUCCUGAUUCAUUGAUAAGUAUUUAUAUGACUGUACUUCAUCGACAGUGUGCCUCCAGCUUAGCGGUGAGAUAGACACACCAUGAAACUGAAUGACGCACUCACAGUUAGGCAAACAUGCACGUAAUAGGACGAUUCUCCACAGUUGAUUUUAAAGUUAUGACCUAUUUUUCACAGGCUGCUGUGAUUAAUAUGACUCAGACAGGCUUGCCAAACCAAAGCAAGUGAACUCAAACUGUCUUGGAUUUGCAGUUUCAGCUCUGAGACAGUUCAAUUAAACACAGCACUUAAUAGUGUCAACUGGUUAUAGUAUUGAAAACCUCAAAACUGCUGCUAACCUCUCAGCUCCCCCCAGUGUAACAUAAACUGGGAGCGAGCACUUUUGACAAUCUGUCCCCAGUUUGGGGAGGGUGACCAACACGGACCAGCCUAGUCCACCAGAAUGUGUGCCAGGCGUGCAGACUAGGGGCUUUUAGGGCACAGAGCGAGCUGAGGACUUAACACAGACAAAUGGUGUUGCAUCACCUGACAAUGACCAAUCAUCACUUCCUCUUUUACAAAUUGAAGGCAGGCGGUGUGUCUGGCUCCCCCCUCUGGUAGGACACCAUACACAACAUCCCGCUUUCCAUGUACAGAACUCGCACUGUUUUAACUUCUGGAUUGUCCAGCUGCUUUCCCGUAAUUGAAUCAACACGGCCAGUUUGUAUAUGAAAGGGCCACUGUGGUGAUAAACACUAGGGUCUUGUUUUUUAGAAAAGUCACCCGACCCAAAACCAGCUGUGAAAAACAGGUGGUCGUCCAGUCGAAGCCGAACUUAGCCUUGUCGGUUGAAGUUUUGUCCCAAGUUCAACAAGUCCCAUGCCGUGCCAAAAAUACCUGGAGAGGGGAAAGAGGGAUGUACGUAUUGUGCCACAGAGGGGGGUGUGAUGCACUCACUGCCACAUACAGCUGGACUGACUAGGAAGCCACACUAUUGCAAACUGCCUCAUUUUACUCUGUCCAAAGGGGCAAAGAAAAAAAAGACUCAUUUGACGUAUGGGAAAUCUUUUCUCAUGGUUCUAUUAAGCAGUCAGCACGCACUUACCACACACUAUAUUCCUUACAUGUUUUAUGAAAUGUUACUGCCAAGUGAUGGUUCUUUAAAAACUAGUUUGAUCUUAUUCUGUUUUUUUUCUGCAAGGGUUGAUUUUGCUGUGGGGUCUUCCCAGGCUUGUGUUGCUCAGUGCUAAUGCAUGUAUGAUGUUUGACUGUCGUCUCCACAGCGGAGAGGCAGAGGAGCAGGAGAGGAUCAUCACAACACGAAGAACAUUCCCUCAAGAGACUGUCACACACUACCUUCUCUCUCUUCUCACUCCUCCAUCUCUGCUUAUGUUGGUGGUCUUACUUUUCCAUCGCCCAGUCUUAGAAAUAAUCAGUUAUUGCUGUUUUUUUUUUUUUUAUUGUUGUCAUUAUUUUUUUCUUUUGCUGUUGUUCAGACGAGACAUUUUUUUCUGAUGUUGACGUUGCUUCUUGUGUUCUGUGACGGCUGCUCUGCGCUCAGCUUUCUGCUGUCAAGGAUGAGUCAUUUGAGGGAUUGAGGAAAGGUCAAGAGGAGGAGGUUUGAGGGGUUCUCUUGGAGCAGUGGUUCCCAACCUUUUUGGGGUCAUGUCAUGGACCCCAGUUUGAUAAGACUUUACUUCAGGGACUAGAGUUGUCACAAUACUUAGACACAAUACCCUACAAAAUAUGAAUGUUCAACAGCAUUUUCGAUACCACUGAGAAAUUUGACAUCGGAGGCACACAGUUUAAAUCUUAAAAAGCAAAAGAACAACUGGUCCUGGUGUAUCAGUGCUGUGGAAAACAAGUAGUAAAACCGUUUCAAUAUUCAAAAUCAAUAUGUAUCCAUAAAUAAAUAUAUCAGGGGGCUUUUUAGGGACCAUCUUAAAAGAUUUUGGUUGUUCGGUAAGACCAGAAUGCUACAGUUUCAACUACAUUUGAGCAGAUAACUGUGGAGAAAGUGAAACCUAUGAUCACAAAGGUCACCCUUACCACUCUUACGAAUUAAAUAGUGAAAACAAACUUCCCCGUUUUUCUGGGAACCCCCUCAAGGACCCCUGGGGGUUCCUGGACCCUUGGUUGAGAACCAUUGCUUUAGGGCAGUGGAUUGGGAUUAGGGUAUGGUCACACACGAGUGACCAUUGCCUGCCGAGGCGAUACUUGUACUUAAUGUGGGCAGUGCCGGGUAUGACUCACGGAAAGCUAGCUUGCUUUGAUCUAACUGGUAAAUUUUCUCUUCUCUCUCUUGUGGGGCUGUUUGUAUUUUUCAUGGCCAAUAUCACACAAUAUUGGCUGCUUAGACACAGCAACACGCAUGUUGUCACACAUUCUUCUUUGCUAUGGGUUGAGGCUGCGACUUUGCCAGUCAGCGUUAACCAAAAUUGAACUCCAGACAAAGAAUUUGCUUUGCUACCGGAAGCUAAUGUUUCAUUCGCCCCUUCACUUACACUGAAUGAUGUGACCAGGAGGCAAAAAUUCACCAAUGUUAAUUUUGCUCCUGUGUGACCAUGCCCUAAAUCUGAAAGGUCAAAUGAUGACCUCAUUGAUAUAAGAAGAAAAUGGUUCAUUUACGCAAAAUUAUGUUAUAUUUUGUUGACUGUUCUCGAGCAAUUUUUGCUUUUGAGAAAAUGUGGCUAAAUGGAUCAUGGGUCCGUCCCGGUGGUCCAGAUUGAAAUUCCUAUUGGGUGGAUUGCUGUGAUAUUUUGUAAAAACACGUCUCCCAGAGGACGAGUCCUACUGACUUUGGGGAUCCCCUGACUUUUCAUAGUGCCACCAUGAUGUUAACCUUCAUGUUCCCCUCUGGAUGAUACCUUAACUCUCCAUCUAGCGCCAUUAUCAGGUCAAAAAUUCAGUUUGUCCAACACUUUGGUGUAUGACCAGAUACCUGCAGUAUGAACAACAUUCCCAUCAACCUCAGCUGUACUUUGUGCUUAGUGCUCAUUAGCAAAUGUUAGCAUGCUAACAUGCCUUUAGCUCAAUAUACAGCUAUGACCAAGGACAGCCUACACCUGUUGAUUCUUAGUAACUAAAAUACUGAAUAUGGGCGCUUGUUCAGGGUCAGUGAAACGAUAGUCUGAGUGGGCGGAAGUUCGCUGCAGAGAUCGGCCUCUCAUUGGGCGGAACGAGCCACCCGCUGAAGUCCCGCCCUACCACCUCCAGUUGUGUAGCAGUUUUCAACAGUUUUCAACACGUCCUUUACUAACUUUUGCGGUGUUUGAUCUUGUGGGGAUGUAGCCAUUUUUCUGCCAUGGUUCGCGUCCUGUAGGUGAUAUUUUUGUGGGCGUGUUACACCAAAACCUGUUUCCCCCGGGCAAUAUUUUUGUGAUUGGUUGAAAGAAGUACAAGCAGCCGGGGCGUUUUUUCCUCCAAUCUCAAAGUGAGAGUCGGCCCAGCCAGACCUUUCUUUUCUUGAGAAAGGUCUGGUGAGCGAGACUAAUGAAACGAUGACAGAAGGAGAAAGUGCUCACAACAAACUGAGGCUAUAAACUGUGAUCGGGGUCCUAAGUUCAUAUGAUGUUGCUUUACUUUAAGGGGUCACAGGCCAAAAAGGUUGGAAUCCACUGCUUUAAGGGGGAAAUAUGUAAAACUAUUUAUCUAAUGGACCAAAUGACAUCAAUUUCCUCCAUGACAAUCACACUGAUCCACUGGGGAUCAAUUAGAGAGGAUGUGGGCAUAAAAUAAUGUCUAUAUUAAGAGCCUCUUUGGGGCUAAAUUAGAUUUGCAAACUCAUCUUCCUCUGUUCUAACUUUUAAUUCCCACCAUCAAAUAAAGGGAAACCGUAGAGAAAUAACAUCCGACUGUGAAAUGGCGGGCAUCGCUGAGAAAGCGUGAGAGCAAAGAGAGACAGGAUUGGCUGAAUGAAUGGACAAGGGAAAGGGAGAGAUGAGGAGUGAGGCUGUGCGCCAGCAGAGGAAAAGAGGCAGAGGAUAGCUGUGCUGUGCAGCCGCCCUCCAUCUGGCCACCUACCCAAGCAAGCGGCCCUCUCAGCUCUGAAGUCACUGGCUGUGCUGUGCCCAAUGUGGCAGCCACUCACAGGCAUACCAGCCUGCAGAAAACUAGGCCACUGAACUCUGUCUGCCCUCUGGGUUUUUUCUUUCCUUUUUUUUUUUUAUAGAUUCAACCCAAAAGGCUCAACUCCCCCACCUCCCGGCCACAAAGCAUUUUAGCAGAAAUGGGAAAAACAGGCAAACUAACGAGCCACAUACACAGUAAACAAAAACAAAUAUAACCCUCCCUGUCUGAGGACGAGCUCUGUGGUGGGCCUCCCACAGACCUGCGAGGAUUCACAGCAGAGAUGAACUGCAUACCUGUGUUUCUGCCUCAAUAAUUCUUAGUCAUCGUUAUCACAGACACCCCUUCCCCCCCAACCACACACACACUCACACACACGCACACACACACUCACCAGUGGCCUGUCUCUGGGUUCAGGCUGGGCAUUGAAGUGAAUCUCUCGUUGUGAGUGGACAAUCCUGGCAUAUGAUGUCAUCAGAAACAGGUGUUAAGUAGGCUAGACACGGUUUCCGUGGCAACAGUGAAACCCACAGAUGCGGCGGCUCUCCUCCUCCCUGUCUGUCUGUCUCUCCUCUGCAGGUCGAAGCCAGGGACAGAGACUCAGCGCGGCGGCAGAAAGCUGAAUAAUAUGACACGGAUCCUCGCAAGGGUCCACAUCUUUCCAAUAUCAAAUAAGCUGUAUGAUCCAUUAACCCUUUGAGCUCAGUCUGUAAUAAACUGCACUUUUGUUCCCCUCAUAGCGUGUGUAGAUACGGGGAUGCUGCCACAUCCGUUCUCAGUGUACAGCGUUAUUCAUCAGUUGUUUUGGGAACCGAGAAUAAUUGUAAAAAUCAUUAUCAGUCGCUAAAAUGUUAUUUUUUUUGACAGUAUAAAAGCGGUACUCGCUCCUGGAGAUUUUAAAAGUAACCUUCACUUACUGCUAUGAAAAGUGGAACUGAAAUCCAGGGCACGAAAAUUUGUGUUAGCUAGCUCGGUCAGUGUCAUUGUAAAGGGGUGCCAUUGACUGAAGUGCCACAGUGUUGCACAAAGGGUUAAUGAUAAGACUAAGGCCAAGCAAGGCCUGUUCCAAGUUAUGUUUUUUGCACAUUUGUGAGAUUAUGUCAGUAUUUUAAUUUUUCCAAGUGCCUUUUUAUUAUAGGUAAAAUAUAGAAGUUAUACACUAUAUGAAAAAAAAAUGAUUAUAUGAAAAUAUAUUUUUUCCUGGCAUCAUGUUCUGUGGUUGAACAUGCAGAAUUUUAGAGUUGUAAAAGUCUCCAAUUGGUACAACAUAGCGGUGUUCUCCUGUUUUAGAGGAAUUUUAUUACGAUAUUGAUAAUAAUGUCAAUGAAAAGAAAAAUGUUUAAUAAAGUUGUAUUUGAUA